CAUGCGCGGGGUCGUACACGGCGGUCGCGCGCACGCUGGGGGCGUGGCUGCGCUGCGUAAUCGGGCGCUGGACGCCACACGGCGCUGCUUGGAGCAGGCGUCGCUGACUGCCCCAGGAGGGUGGCGCUUGGACUCUCGUCCUCGGAGGGAGGCCCGUCGCCCAGACCGGUCUCUAGCUACGGAUCCCUGGACCCUCUUCGCGGGCGCUUCGCGUAGCCGCAGGUAACUGCAUCCUGCCAGCAUGGCGGCCCCCUGCCCGCCACCGCCUCCAGACCCCCAGUUUGUCCUCCGAGGCACCCAGUCACCGGUGCAUGCGCUACACUUCUGGAAAGGAGCCCAGGCUCAGGGGCACCCGGUCCUCUUCUCAGGGUCUCAGAGUGGCCUGGUACACGUCUGGAGCCUGCAGACGCGGAGAACGGUCACCACCCUGGAUGGCCACGGGGGACAGUGUGUAACCUGGCUGCAGACGCUGCCCCAGGGGCACCAGCUCCUCAGUCAGGGCCGAGACCUGAAGCUGUGCCUGUGGGACCUGGCGGAGGGCAGGAACGCUGUCGUGGACUCUGUGCGCUUGGAGAGUGUGGGCUUCUGCCGGAGCAGCAUCCUGGCCGGGGGCCAGCCGCGCUGGAUGCUUGCCGUGCCAGGGAAGGGCAGCGACGAGGUUCAGAUUCUGGAGAUGCCAUCCAAGACGUCAGUGUGCGCCCUGAAGCCGAAGGCAGAUGCCAAGCUAGGCAUGCCCAUGUGCCUGCGGCUGUGGCAGGCCGACUGCAACCCCCGCCCACUCCUUCUGGCCGGCUAUGAGGAUGGAUCGGUGGCCCUGUGGGACGUCUCUGAGCAGAAGGUGUGCAGCCACAUCGCCUGCCACGAGGAGCCCGUCAUGGACCUUGACUUUGACUCCCAGAAGGCCAGGGGCAUCUCGGGCUCCGCGGGGAAGGUGCUGGCUGUCUGGAGCCUGGACGGGCAGCAGGCCCUGCAGGUGCGUGGGACUCAUGAACUCACCAAUCCCGGGAUCGCCGAGAUCACCAUCCGGCCAGACCGCAAGAUCCUGGCCACCGCAGGCUGGGACCACCGCAUCCGCGUGUUCCACUGGCGGACGAUGCAGCCGCUGGCCGUGCUGGCCUUCCACAGCGCCGCCAUCCAGUGCGUGGCCUUCGCCGCCGAUGGCUUGCUGGCCGCGGGCUCCAAGGAUCAGCGGAUCAGCCUCUGGUCGCUCUACCCGCCCGCGUGACUCACCCACUCCCCUCCCGGGAGACAAGGAGGGCGGGCAGGGAGGUGGGCAUCGGGCCCCAGCCUUGACCUGAAACCUCAAGGGCCUCUGAGGACCAGCAAGUCAUGGCCCGAGGACCACGAGGUUGGUGUUUCCUUUUGUGGAGUGUGUCAUCACAGGAUGGUGACUCUGGGGGCCAGCCAGAGCCCUGGCCGUCCAAGGCCUACGGGAGACGUUGGCUUGGGCCUGCUGUGUUGCCAGCUGAGGGUAUUUUAUAAUAAAUUUCCAUUGCCAAGUUG